GAUUCUGCCUUACAAGGGCUCGGGGACCCACAGCAACAGCUGUCCCCAGGGAACCCCUGCUGACUGAGAAUUGUAGUGGAAGUGAGUCUGCAUUUCCAGAGUGUAGGCAAGGAGACGGACAAACUUCUUGUCCUCAGGCGAAAGAGCGCUUCAUAGACUUUCUAGGGGUUGAGGUGCUUCUUGCUUCUGAGAUGGCUCCGAAACCGCCUCGUAAGCAGAGUGUUAACAUGGGCAAAGGAGCAAGAAAGAGAGAUGAAGAUUCAGGAACUGAAGUGGGAGAAGGGGCAGAUGAAUGGGCUGUGUCCAAAGCUACAGUUAGACCCCCUGAUCAGCUGGAUUUGACUGAUGCGGAGUUAAAGGAGGAGUUCACCCGGAUCUUGACAGCCAACAAUCCACAUGCACCCCAGAAUAUUGUCAGGUACAGCUUCAAAGAGGGGAUGUAUAAACCUAUUGGAUUUGUGAACCAGCUGGCGGUUCAUUUCAGCCAGGUGGGGAACCUGGUCCCCAAAGACUCCGAUGAAGGACGGAGGCAGCACUACCGUGAUGAGUUGGCAGCAGGUUCACAGGAGUCUGCCAAGGUGGUGUUUUCAGAUGCAGAAAUCCUUGAAGAAGAUGAAGAGCCCAAGGAAGCAGAAAUGGAGGCUGGGAGUCAAACAGAUAUACCUAUGGCUGAGGUAGCUGAAAAAGUGGCUGAAGAAGAACUGAUGAGUGCUAAGCAGCCCAAGGAGCGAAAGCUUACUAACCAGUUUAACUUCAGUGACAGAGCUUCACAGACUCUCAACCACCCUCUCCGGGAUCGAGAGUGCCAAAUGGAGCCUCCUCCCAGGACAAACUUUUCAGCUACAGCCAAUCAGUGGGAGAUCUAUGAUGCCUAUAUAGAGGAGCUCAAGAAGCAGGAAAAGACCAAAGAGAAGGAGAAGACAAAGACCCCAGUGGCUAAGAAAACAGGAAAGAUGGCCAUGAGGAAACUUACAUCUAUGGAAUCUCAGAGUGAUGAUAUAACCAAAGUGUCCCAAGCUGCUAAGAUUGUGGAGCGGAUGGUCAACCAGAAUACAUAUGAUGAUGUUGCUCAAGAUUUUAAGUACUAUGAAGAUGCUGCUGACGAAUACCGGGACCAGGAGGGUACGCUGCUGCCGCUCUGGAAGUUCCAAAACGACAAAGCCAAGCGCCUGGCCGUCACCGCCCUCUGCUGGAAUCCAAAGUACAACGACCUGUUUGCAGUGGGACAUGGCUCCUAUGACUUCAUGAAACAGAGCCGGGGAAUGCUGCUGCUCUACAGCUUGAAGAACCCCAGCUUCCCUGAAUACAUCUUCAGCAGUGAAAGUGGCAUCAUGUGUCUUGACAUACAUGUGGAUCACCCCUACCUGGUGGUGGUGGGCCACUACGAUGGCAACGUGGCCAUUUACAACCUCAAGAAGCCCCAAUCCCAGCCUUCUUUCCGCAGCUCGGCCAAGUCUGGAAAGCACACGGACCCUGUUUGGCAGGUCAAGUGGCAGAAGGAUGACAUGGAUCACAACCUUAACUUCUUUUCGGUGUCAUCUGAUGGAAGGAUCGUGUCUUGGACACUUGUGAAGAGUGAGCUGGUUCACACAGAUGUUAUCAAGCUCAAGGUGGAAGGCAGCACCACAGAAGUUCCAGAGGGGCUGCAGCUGCACACAGUGGGCUGUGGCACUGCCUUUGACUUCCACAAAGAGAUCGACUACAUGUUCCUAGUGGGCACAGAGGAGGGAAAAAUCUACAAGUGCUCGAAAUCUUACUCUAGCCAAUUCCUGGAUACCUAUGAUGCCCACAACAUGGCCGUAGAUGCUGUGACUUGGAACCGAUACCACACCAAGGUCUUCAUGUCCUGCAGCUCUGACUGGACAGUGAAGAUCUGGGACCACACCAUCAAGACCCCCAUGUUCAUCUAUGACCUGAACUCAGCUGUGGGUGAUGUGGCCUGGGCUCCAUAUUCCUCCACAGUGUUUGCAGCAGUCACCACAGACGGGAAGGUCCAUGUGUUUGACUUGGCCAUCAACAAGUAUGAGGCCAUCUGCAAUCAGCCCGUGGUUGCCAAAAAGAAAACUAAGAUCACCCACUUGGAGUUCAACCCCAUCUAUCCCAUCAUCAUUGUGGGGGAUGACCGUGGGCACAUAACCUGCCUCAAGCUCUCACCCAACUUGCGCAAGAUGCCAAAGGAAAAGAAAGGGCAGGAAGUGCAGAAGGGGCCAGCUGUGGAGAUCGCAAAAUUGGACAGACUGCUGAAUCUGGUGAGGGAAGUGAAAACCAAAACCUGAGGGCCUGGCCUCAGCCCCUGCUCCAUUUGAACUCAGGAUUUACAGCUCCUGGGCUGGGAAGCAUAGUGCCCAAGCACUCAGCAAAUAAACCAAGUCCUGAUCAGGUCGCAACAUUUGGUGUUCUCAUUCUGUUCCCCAAGAUCUCAGCAUCUUCCAGGGUUAAGGUGAUGGUAAUCAUCAUUACUGUGUUAUUUGAUACA